AAACAGCUGGCUAAAUUCAAAGGAUGCGUUUGUAAAUUCCCUCUGGCUAUCUACUCCGAUUUCAGAGUGUACCAGAGUGGUGCAGGUCAUGUUCCUCUUCACUCUGGUAAACACACACUAUAUCAAAUCGAAGUUUAUCUGUCACAUGCACAGGAUACAGAAGGUGUAAACGGAACAGUGAAAUGGUUACUUGCAUAGUUGAGUCUUUUGUUUAGACAUGUAGCUAGCUAGCUAGCUAGACAAUGAACCAUAAUCCCAACUCAUAACGUUACUACCUGAAUCUGCUGGUAGCUAAAGGUAACCAACUAUGGUUACCGUUCAAUGUUAGCCAGCUAUAAAUAGCAAUGCAAAUUGCUCUGAGAUACGAAUAAUAUUACUACACAGAUCAUACAUGUAACGUUAGCUAGUGAGCCAGACAGUUAACGUUAGCUAGCUAGCUAACAGUAUGCUUUAACUUGCAAUGAAAAUGACUUUGACAAAAUUAGAAACGUAUAAUAUCAAAAAAAAUGCUAGCUAGACUAUCUUACCCGUAUACAUGGAUGGACGCUUCUCCCUCUCUGUCAUGGUUGCCAUGGUGUCCCUUAGUGAAACUAAACCACAAUCUCUCUCUAUCCCAUUCUCUCUCCAGGAGGGGAAAGCAGACAUGUGCGCAGACAUGAACAAGACUUUCCAGUGUAACGACACCGCAAUGACGGUUGUGGUGGCUGGAGAGGCUCUCCCGUGGAUGGAGACCGACUUUCCAGUGCGCAAUGUCAGCCUGGGGCUCUCCACCGCCCCUCUGGACUUCCCCAUCAACCCAUGGGACAUCAUGCUUUGCAUGUCGGGCACUGUCAUCGCCUGCGAGAACGCCAUCGUGGUGGCUAUCAUCUUCUAUACACCCACCCUGCGCACCCCCAUGUUCGUGCUCGUAGGAAGCCUAGCCACAGCGGAUUUACUGGCAGGCAUGGGAUUAAUCCUCAACUUUGUGUUCCAGUACGUUCUCUCCUCAAAGACUAUCAGCCUUAUUACUGUUGGGUUCCUAGUGGCCUCCUUCACGGCGUCCAUAAGUAGCCUGCUGGCUAUAACAGUGGACCGGUAUUUCUCUUUAUACAAUGCACUGACUUACUUCUCAGAGAAGACGCUCCACUACGUGCACCUGAUGCUGGUGAGCACAUGGGGUGUGUCUCUGUGCCUGGGCCUGCUGCCUGUGCUAGGCUGGAACUGCCUGGACGACCCAAGCUUGUGUAGCAUCGUGCACCCACUCACUCGCAGCAAUGUGACAUUGUUGGCGGUCUCUUUCUUCAUCAUCUUCAUAAUCAUGCUGACCCUCUAUUUCAAGAUCUGCAAGAUCGUGUGCCGCCACGCGCACCAGAUCGCUCUUCAACAGCACUUCUUCACCACAUCGCACUACGUGGCCACCAAGAAGGGCGUGGCCACGCUCGCCAUCAUCCUAGGCACCUUCGGCUCGAGCUGGCUACCCUUCGCCAUCUACUGCCUGGUGGGAGAGCGCGAAUACCCAUCGGUAUACACGUAUGCCACGCUUCUUCCGGCCACCUACAACUCCAUGAUCAACCCAAUCAUCUACGCCUACCGUAAUGCCGAGAUCCAGCGCUCGCUCUACGUCCUCUUCUGCGGCGGCUUUCAGAGCAACGUAGCCACACACUCCAGGUCACCCAGUGAAGUUUAGAGGGGUGCUUAGUGAACAUAUGUGUGUGUGUACGUGUGCAUGUUGACAACCGACAAUUGGCUUUCAGUUGACCGUUAAAUCCUUUAAACAAAAUGUGUGUCUAACAAGCAUCUGCACUUUAUUGCGACUGAAGACACAGUCCGUCUGAAAUGCUGUGAACAACAGCUUUUGUAAAGAAAAAAAAUACGGCAUUAUGUAUUUAUAUGAGCAAAGAAUGAAAAAACGAGCACUUUAUUGAAUGUAUUUGAAAUGCCAAAGCAGUAUUGCAUAGGCCUAUAUAUGUUGGAGUAAUUGGCUACUUUGUAUUUGUCAGUACUGUGGGUCAAUUUUGAUUUUGUUAAGUUGUCUAUUUGAUUGUACAUUUUAUACGAGAUGAGUAUAUGAAUAAAAUGAGAAAAUAA